AGUUUUUUUUUUUUUUCACCUUAACGGUCAGCUGUUAUUCUUCUCUUAUUUAAAGCAAACGGGAAGAAGUGUCACUGGAAUAAUGUUCAACAGCAAUGGCUACUUACAACACGCUGCAGGACCGGAUCAGAGUAUCCAAGGAGCUACUUGAGCGAGUGGACAAGAUUUGCAGUCGCCAAGGCCGUGAGGUUGAGGGACGUGCUAAACUGUGCAGUAAGCUGCGGGCUGAGCUCAAAUUCCUGCAGAAGGUAGAGGCCGGCAAGGUUGUGAUCAAGGAGUCCCACCUGCAAAGUACCAAUCUCACUCAUCUGAGGGCCAUCGUCGAAUCAGCCGAGAAUCUAGAAAAUGUGGUGAGUGUCCUGCAUGUGUUCACCUACGAGGGACCUGACGGCCAGAAGCAGACGUUGGUGGUCGACGUGGUGGCGAACGGCGGACACACUUGGGUGAAAGCCAUCGGGCGCAAGGCAGAGGCACUGCACAACAUCUGGCAAGGUCGUGGCCAGUACGGGGAUAAAAGUGUGAUACGACAAGCAGAAGAUUUCCUUGAGGCCAGUCGGCAGCAACCUGUGCAGUACAGCAACCCUCACAUUAUAUUUGCCUUCUACAAUGGGGUCUCCAGUCCUAUGGCAGACAAGCUCAAAGAGAUGGGCAUAUCUGUGAGAGGUGACAUUGUUGCUGUUAAUACGAUGAUCGGAGGUGGAGAAGAGGAAGAGAACGAAGACAGUGAAGACAAACAUGGUUGUGUGGAAGAGGACCAGGAGGGAGAGAAUGGAGCUUUGGUUGAGGAAGUUGAUGACGACGACAGUGAUGAUACAGACCUUAUGCACACCCGUGUUGAUCGAGACACCAUUGUGGCCAGCCUUGCCUUCCCCACUGAAGUGAAGGUAGACGUGUGCAACAGGGUGAACCUUGACAUCACCACUUUGAUCACGUACGUAUCAUCCCUCAGCCACGGCAACUGUCACUUCACUUUUAAGGAAGUGGUGCUGACGGAGCAGGCUGCACAGGAGCGCCAAGAGAAGGUCCUGCCCCGGCUGGAGGAGUUCAUGAAGGGAAAAGAGCUGUUUGCUUGUCAUUCUGCGGUUGAGGAUUUCCAUGUGAUCUUGGAUACGUUAGGAGGCCCGGGAGAAAAAUCCCGAGCCAAGGAGCUGCUGGCCAGGCUUAAAGUAGUUCCGGAUCAGCCGUCUGAGCGCACCAAACGCUUAGUUACGAGCUCAAAGGUGAACCGUAGAUCACUGAUGAUCUUUGGGACAGGGGACACCUUGCAGGCCAUCACUAUGACUGCGAAUAGUGGAUUCGUUCGCUCUGUUGCUAACCAGGGUGUGCGAUACAGCGUGUUCAUCCACCAACCUCGCGCACUCACUGAGGGGAAAGAAUGGAGAGCAACUCCAAUAUGACUGAAGGGCUUUAAAAGUCAGGAGGUUAUUGUAUAAGAUAUGGACAGAGUUAUAUUGUAUGAGAAAUGGUUAGAGUUAUCAUUCUUAAAGCCAGACACUCGUUAGAGGCACUACUGUUUAGUCGCAAAUAAAUUGCACAGCUGGUUGGAUACAGACACUCAGCAAUCUUUAUGUAAACUCAGUGAGCUUAGUGCCUCGAAUGUAUUUCAAUGCAAAGCCAGCAGAGAUGUCAAAUUAACCAAAUGUAUGAUGAUAUCAAAAAUAUAGUGUCAAAACAGUGUUUAAACAGAGGCAUAUACUUUCUUUUCAAAGCUCUCAACUACAUGCCUCAGGGUUUUAUUAUUAUUUUUUUUUUCAAUUUAUUUUCUUUUCACAAACCUGAUUAUUAAACCAGUUAAUCUGGUCACAUCAAUUUUCAUAAGAGUUCCAAAUAAACACUCUUCAAAUGACUUUACCUCAUGAAGAAUAUCUCCUUGUGAUUCCCUUACGUUAUGUUGUAUUACUGUA